UUUUCAGACGAAUCGAGGUGCAAAGUCCAAAGGUAACGGCACAUUAACCAAGAAACACAUCCAAGAAGCAAAAUGUUCACCGCGACGGUUACCUUGGCGUUAAGCCUACUGGUGAUUGGCACCAAUGGAUUCCCGGAUGGAGCACCAGUCGAUGCCUGCGUUAAACCGAGACCAAAUCAGCCGUACCACGGACAGACAAGGCCUCAGCCACUUUCGACGAAUCCUUACCAGUUGAUUGCCUCGAGUGGAUUUUACGAACCAGGAUCACAAAUUACCGUGAGCAUUCGGGGCGACAACUUCAAGGGCUUCUUCCUGCAGGCCCGCGACGCCCGCACGAAUGAAUGGGUCGGUUCGUGGGCCCAAACUGAGAAUACGAAAGCGCACUCGGAGUGCAGUGCUGUGACCCAUGCGGAUCCACGGACCAAGCAGUGGGCGACCCUCGUCUGGAAUGCUCCUCUCAAUGCCCGCGGGCCCAUAUACUUCACGGGGAGUAUUUUGAAAGACUACUCGACAUACUGGGCGGAUAUUACAUCUCAGGUCGCCAAGUGA